AUAUUUGACGCGCCCUUUUUUGAUUCGCCCCUGUGAACCAGAACCGCGAAAAAAUUAUUAGUCGCCAUGACGGUUCCACAAACCAAAGCGGAACCGGAACCGGUCCUCGUCGAUGAUCUCUCAUUGUUGGUCCCUCUCUAGUUGUCGAAAAGUUUCUGCGGCCCUGCUACGGUCAAAACUUUUUCCUCUUUUUUACUUUUUCUGGAACGCUCGGGAUACGGGACGGGUCUCCGAUUAUCCGGUACACUCUCAGCCACAUGUUCUCGCUCCAGGCUUUCCAGCUCCAGUCUUGUCAGAACCGUCGCGGAGGUAAUUUCGCUCGCGUUCUCUUUAUUAUUUUUAUUCCGCCCGCGACUCAAAAACUUCUUGAAGUCGGGAAAUUAGUAACUUAAGCAACUGUACAUUAGCAGGAAAAGCGGGAAAACCUCAAUUUCCCUCAGCUAACUAGAAAUCGACGAUUUUCGAUCUGCGCUGCUGAUCAUUGCGACCGACGGUUGCGACCCAAGUCACACGUAUUUUGACUUUAUGAAUCCCAUUAAAACUAUCGCAGUGGCGGCAGCGAUGACGGUGACUGUGUCUGUUGCCGAUCAAGCAGUAAAAGUGGAGUGAACUUCGUGCAUGGCACGUUCUCUUUCGAUUUUAUUCAGUUUUAUUUGUGAUUGGCUGCAGUCUUCGCUUUCGAAUAACUAUCUUCUUGGAGAUAUUUUACGAGGGAUCUCUGCGAUCCGAUGAAGUAAUCGAAAGGAUUCGGAUAACGGGUUGGAGACUGGACGAACCGGAACAUCAUCUCCGCGCGAUUGGUUUUCGACUUUUCGAGUGAACUGAAGUUCGCUGCAGGAGUCAACUCUGCGCGCACCAACAAUGAUUUAUUCAUACGGCUGAAGGACUGGAAAAGGAUUAAAGGAUUUGGGGGUUAAAGAAGGUAUCAAGAUGGGGGAAAUUCUGGGAUCAGCAAGCUUUCUUCACCUAGGUGACAUUGUCAGCUUGUACGCAGAGGGAAAUGUUUCCGGAUUUCUUUCCACUCUUGGAUUGGUUGACGAUAGAUGUGUAGUUUGUCCGGAAGCUGGAGAUUUAUCUAACCCGCCAAAAAAAUUCAGAGACUGCCUUUUCAAAAUAUGUCCUAUGAAUCGGUAUUCCGCUCAAAAACAAUUUUGGAAAGCUGCAAAACAAAGUGCAAGCUCAAGUACAGAUGCUGUUUUACUCAAAAGACUUCACCAUGCUGCAGAAAUCGAAAAAAAGCAAAAUGAAACUGAAAAUAAGAAACUUUUGGGAACUGUGGUUUCUUAUGGCAACGUUAUUCAGCUCCUCCAUCUCAAAUCGAACAAAUUCCUAACAGUGAAUAAACGUUUGCCAGCACUCUUGGAGAAAAACGCGAUGAGAGUUUAUCUCGAUGCGAACGGAAAUGAAGGUUCCUGGCUCUAUAUAAUGCCUUUUUACAAGCUUCGAAGUGACGGUGACAGCGUCGUGGUCGGGGACAAGGUAAUUAUGGAACCAGUGAAUGCAGGUCGUCAAGGUUUGCAUGUUGCUGCAAAUUACGAAUUGAGCGACAAUCCUGGCUGCAAGGAAGUCAACGUUGUAAAUUCUUCGACCUCCUGGAAAGUUACCCUCUUCAUGGAGCAUCGGGAAAAUCAAGAAGAAAUUUUAAAAGGUGGAGAUGUCGUGCGACUUUUUCAUGCGGAGCAGGAGAAAUUUCUUACGAUGGAUGAGUACAAGAAAAAGCAGCACGUUUUCCUCAGAACCACUGGCAGAACUUCAGCCACUGCUGCGACGAGUAGUAAAGCUCUUUGGGAAGUUGAGGUUGUACAACACGAUCCAUGCAGAGGAGGUGCAGGUCAUUGGAAUUCACUAUUUAGGUUUAAACACUUAGCGACGGGUCAGUAUCUGGCAGCUGAAAUUGAUACCGAUGAACCCAUUGAAACCACGAAAGGAAAGAGAGAUCCUGGACCAGUGUACAGACUAGUCUCAGUGCCGCACAGCAAUGAAAUUAGUUCUCUAUUCGAAUUAGACCCCACGACUCUCACUAGGGGUGAUAGUUUAGUGCCACAGUCAUCUUUUGUAAGACUGCACCACAUUUGUACAAAUACGUGGGUACAUUCGACGAGUGUCCCAAUAGAUAAGGACGACGAAAAACCUGUGAUGUCUAAGGUGGGAUGCGCAACGAGUAAAGAAGACAAGGAAGCUUUUGCUUUGAGAUCCGUAUCGCCAGUCGAGGUUCGAGAUUUGGAUUUCGCGAACGACGCUUGCAAAGUCUUGGCAGGAAUUAGUAGAAAAUUAGAAAAGGGAACAAUAUCGCACAACGAAAGGAGAGCAGUGACCAGUUUGUUACAAGACAUUGUAUAUUUUAUAGCUGGACUAGAAAAUGAACAGAAUAAAUCUGAAGCACUCGAUUUAUCCGUCACAAAUGCCGUCAGGGACAGACAAAAGCUGCUCAGAGAACAAUAUAUUCUUGGAUCGCUAUUUAAAAUUCUCCAGGCACCUUUCUUAGAAUCUGCAGAAGGAGAAGGACCAUUCCUUAGAAUAGAAGAGCUUAAUGAUCCAAGACAUGCUCCCUAUAAGUACAUGUUUCGUUUAUGUUAUCGAAUACUUAGACUCUCGCAACAGGAUUACAGAAAGAAUCAGGAGUAUAUCGCAAAGCACUUCGCCUUCAUGCAAAAACAGAUCGGUUAUGACAUUUUAGCGGAAGACACGAUAACCGCUCUGUUGCAUAAUAACCGGAAAUUGUUGGAGAAACACAUAACCGCCGCAGAGAUAGAAACUUUCGUGGGUCUCGUGAGAAAAAAUAUGUAUAAUUGGGAGUCAAGAUUCCUAGACUACUUGUCAGAUCUAUGCAUCUCCAACAAGAAAGCCAUUGCCGUUACCCAAGAAUUAAUCUGCAAAAGUGUUCUUAGCGAAAAGAAUAAAGACAUUUUGAUAGAGACUAGGAUGGUCAAAACCCCGGUGGAGAUCGAGGACAUCGACGAGAGGCAAGAAAACGAGGAGCCACAAAUUUCCAUUAUCGAGGAACUCGAAGUUAUGCUCGUCUGGAAAGAUGGAACGAAAUCGAUGUCUUUGGGCGAAUUGUCUCGGGGUGCGAAGAUGGGAAAUAUCGAAGAUGCUGCUAUUUUGGAUUAUUAUCGACACCAGCUCAACUUGUUUAGCAAUAUGUGCCUCAACAGGCAAUAUUUGGCACUGAAUAAUCUCUCGCCACAUUUGGACAUCGAUUUGAUACUCAAAUGUAUGGAAGAUGAAUCCGUCUCGUACGAAUUACGAGCCUCGUUUUGCCGAUUGAUGUUGCAUCUUCACGUCGACAGAGAUCCGCAGGAACAGGUCACGCCCGUAAAAUACGCACGUCUCUGGUCUGAAAUCCCUUCGAAGAUGAGCAUAAACGAUUACGACACAAAUAAAAUGCCCGAUGAGAAUAAAGAAGCAGUGAGGGCGAGAUUCAGUUCCACAAUCAUGUUUGUGGAAGAUUAUCUAUGCAAUGUUGUAGCCAAAGUUUGGUCUUUUGCCGAUCAAGAACAGAACAAGCUCACUUUUGAGGUCGUGAAACUCGCUAGGGAUUUGAUCUACUUUGGAUUCUACGGGUUCAGCGAUCUCCUUACAUUGACCAAAACACUUUUAAACAUUUUGGAUUGUGUCUCCGAAAACGACUGCACAAACGGAAAAAUUCCGACAGGAGAAAUCGAUUCCGAAAGCGUGGAUUCAGAGGAGACAGCUGAAGGUGGAGUCCUAAGAUGUAUCGGGGACAUGGGAGCAGUGAUGACCAGUUUGACCUUGGGUCCAGCAGGUCAAGUACUUGCAGGGAGUUCCUCACCAAAGCCAAAUCCGUCAGCCAAGAAGGAAUAUCCUCUCGUGAUGGACACGAAGCUGAAAAUUAUAGAAAUCCUUCAGUUCAUUCUCGACGUCAGAUUAGAUUUUCGAAUCUCCUGUCUCCUGAGUAUAUUUAAACAAGAAUUCGACGAAACCGAAAAAGCUGCUGGGGACGUAAAUCUCGGGCAGAGGGGCAUCGAUUUGGAAUUGAUUGGUACCCAGGCUGAAGGCAUUUUUGGAAGUAGGAAAUCGUCAGACGUUACCCUUGGCACAUCCAUACUUAUUCCCCAAGACCCCAUAUCUAGGGCCUCCAGCGAGGAGUGUGUUGCUCUGGAUUUGGAUGGCCAGGGAGGAAGAACUUUUUUAAGGGUUUUGCUACAUUUGGCAAUGCAUGAUUAUCCACCCUUAGUUUCUGGAGCUUUGCAUCUUCUCUUCAGGCACUUUAGUCAGCGACAGGAAGUUUUGCAAGCCUUCAAGCAGGUCCAACUUCUAGUUUCCGACAGCGAUGUUGAAUCCUACAAACAAAUAAAAGCAGAUCUCGACGUUUUACGGCAAUCUGUCGAAAAAUCCGAAUUGUGGGUUUACAAAUCAAAAGCGACGGAAGAACAUGGAGGCAAGAAAAAGAAGAAUAAAGACGAGGAGGAUGAAGGAACAGCUCCUCGUAAAACUCCACCUCAAUUAUCUUCUCUCGAGAAAAAAGGUUCUGCCAUAGAUUUGGAUAUCGGACCUCCUCUGCAUGCGGAUCAAGCAGAGGAAUACAAGAAGAUUCAACAAAUCCUGAUGAGGAUGAACAAGCUUUGCAUCCAGACCUUACCAGGUGGACAAGUAAUACCUCGAAAACAUGAGCAGCGACUCUUGCGAAACGUUGGAGUUCACAUUAUAGUUCUGGAUUUAUUACAAGUUCCCUUUGAUGCAAAAGAAGACGUUAGAAUGAACGAAUUAAUGAGACUCGCUCACGAUUUUCUUCAAAACUUCUGUCUAGGAAAUCAGCAGAAUCAAUCUUUGCUCCACAAGCAACUGGAUUUAUUUCUCAAUCCGGGAAUAAGAGAAGCUCAAACUGUCUGCAGUAUUUUUCAGGAUAAUUCUACUCUUUGUAAUGAAGUCAAUCCGAAAGUUAUACAGCAUUUUGUGCAUUGUAUUGAGACGCAUGGGAAGCAUGUUCAGUACCUGAAAUUUCUCCAGACUAUCGUGAAGGCGGAGAAUCAGUUUAUAAGGAAGUGUCAAGAAUUGGUUAUGCAGGAGAUGGUUCAAGCUGGAGAAGAUGUUUUGGUUUUUUAUAAUGAUCGAGCAUCGUUUAAUCAAUUCGUUGAAAUGAUGAGAUCUGAGAGGCACAGAACGGAAGAAAGUAGUCCCUUGAGAUAUCACGUGGAGCUUGUAAAAUUAUUAGCCUGCUGCACGAUGGGAAAAAACGUCAACACAGAAAUAAAGUGCCACAGUCUCUUACCGUUGGACGAUAUAGUCGCCAUGGUUUCCCAUCCAGAUUGUACGCCAGAGGUAAAGGAAGCUUAUAUCAAUUUUCUGAACCACUGCUACAUCGACACAGAAGUUGAGAUGAAGGAAAUUUAUACUUCAAACCACAUGUGGUCCCUCUUCGAAAAAUCUUUCAUUGUCGACAUGGGUUUGAUAGCAAAUGCAACUCAUGAUCGAAAACACGCAGAUACAGCUUUAGAAAAUUACGUAACGAAUUGUUUAAUGAAUAUCAUCACCACUUUUUUUGGAAGUCCUUUUUCGGAUCAGAGCACAACAGUUCAGAAACACCUGCACGAAGCCAGGCUGUACUGGAGUCUAAAGGAGUGUGACCGCAUCAGUAAUAAUGAUUGCGAAGAUAGUACCCGGCAGCCAAUAUUCGUCCAAUUAUUGCAUGCUGCGUUUAAAGUUUCUCAAUGUACGUGGCUCAGUGCGGGACAGCGCUUCAAUCUAGAAAAUUGCAUAAGAACACUCUCUGAUGUCGCCAAAACGAGAGGGAUCGCAAUUCCAACGGAUCUGGAAAGUCAAGUGGCUUCCAUGUUCAACAAAGCUGCGAUGCUCAGCAGACAAACUAACAAAUGGCUUCAGGCUGCGAAGCAACCAAAAGUCGAGCGCACUCAUAGUCAGCUGAUGAGAUUAGACCGCAGCAUUAUUGAAGGAUUGCAAGACAUAGUUUCUCUCCUAGAAGAGCAAUUGAAGCCUUUGGUACAAUCGGAAUUAUCACUUCUCGUGGAUAUUCUCUACAGACCAGAAUUACUUUUCCCAGCAGCCACUGAAGCUAGAAGAAAAUGCGAGAAUGGUGGAUUUAUUCACCGAUUAAUAAAACACACUGAAAAGUUGCUAGAAGAAAAGGAAGAAAAGCUGUGCGUGAAAGUACUGAGAACUCUUCGCGAGAUGAUGGCAAUUGACCCAGAAUACGGAGAAAAGAUUCAGGAAAUCGGGGAAAAGUCAGAAACAACCAAGGAGGUCGAGUCUGAACUCCCCACAGGGACAUUUGAGCAGAUUGAAAAUCAGCGACAACAGCAGCGGGGUGAUGCACUCAGAAAUAAUCUGCUGACCAGAUACUUUGGAAAAUCAUUCACCCAAAAACCAGAGACUGUUGAUAUUCGAACUCCUUGCGCAGUUCCAGUGACGCAUGGCCCUGGAGCGAAAAUUUUAAGCAGAGCCGGUCGAUCUCUGCACGAGGUUCAAAGUCACCUCGAUCGAGAAGGAGCUUCAGAUCUAGUCGUAGAAUUAGUGAUAAAAAGCGUACAUUCGCCCAGUAUAUUUGUCGAAGUUGUGGAACUCGGCAUUGCAUUAUUAGAAGGAGGAAAUCCAAUCAUCCAAAAAAGUGUCUUCACGAAACUGAUGGCUGGAGAUCUUAGUCAAUCAUUUUUCAAGGUAUUUUACGAAAAAAUGAGAGAUUCACAGCAAGAAAUAAAAUCAACAGUGACCGUCAACACUUCCGACUUAGCAGCAAAAGCUCACGAAGACAAGGAACAGAGUAAGGAACUAGAAAAACUAGCGAGAAAGCCAGGAAAACCAAAUGGAAUCGUUAUAACUGAUGAGCUGCGUGAAGAAUUGAACCAAGCAGCCACUUCUACAGUACAAGCCUACGCAGCGGUUCGAAAUUUAGUUCCAGGAGAAGACGUUCCAAAUACUGUAGCCCUGAGUUGCACGGUAGAAGAUAUGCUUGCUGAAAAAUUAGAGAGACAUGGAAGUGGGGGAAUUGGAGUUGAAAGAGACGAGGCACAACUCAGCACAAAAGUUUUGGUGAUGCAGCCAAUCCUCAGAUUUCUUCAGCUGUUGUGCGAAAAUCAUAACCGAGAACUACAAAACUUCCUGAGGAAUCAGAACAACAAAACGAAUUUUAACCUCGUCUCUGAAACGCUGAUGUUCCUCGACUGCAUUUGUGGUUCAACCACAGGUGGUUUAGGCCUCCUGGGUUUGUACAUAAACGAGCACAACGUGGCGUUGAUUAAUCAGACACUAGAAACUUUAACAGAAUAUUGUCAGGGUCCAUGUCACGAUAAUCAAAAUUGUAUAGCAACUCACGAAUCGAAUGGAUUGGAUAUAAUAACUGCCUUGAUUCUUAACGAUAUCAAUCCACUUGGAAAGACACGGAUGGAUUUGGUUCUAGAGCUGAAGAACAAUGCCAGCAAACUUUUGCUCGCGAUUAUGGAAAGCAGAGGCGAUAGCGAGAAUGCUGAGAGGAUUUUGUAUAAUAUGAAUCCGAAGCAACUUGUCGACGUCGCUUGCACGGCCUUUCACCAGGAGUCGCUGGAUGAUGAGGCAGAUGCUGAUGAUUCUUCUACCGAUGGGGAGGACGGAGUUUCGCCCAAAGAGGUUGGACACAAUAUUUAUAUUCUCUGCCAUCAAUUAGCGCAACAUAAUAAGGAAUUAGCGGCGAUGUUAAAACCGUCUGAGCAUAGCAGCGCUGAUCCCAAAACCAAUAAGGCACUCCAGUAUUAUGCCUCUCACACUGCCCAAAUUGAGAUUGUUAGGCACGAUCGGACUCUCGAACAAAUCGUUUUCCCAAUACCAGAAAUCUGCGAGCUUAUUACUGUGGAUACGAAAAUUCGAGUCUUAAAUACAGCAGAACGAGACGAUCAAGGAUCAAAAGUCUCGGACUUCUUCGAAAGAACCGAGGACAUGUUCAACGAGAUGAAGUGGCAAAAGAAACUCAGAGGACAACCGAUGUUAUUCUGGAUGAGCAGCUACAUGUCCUUAUGGAGUAAUAUUCUCUUCAACUGUGCCGUACUCAUUAAUCUCAUUGUUGCUUUUUUCUACCCCUUUGUCGACACUGUUCCCAAACUUAGUUCACAUUUCUCCGGACUUAUCUGGACAGUAAUGCUCUCAUCAGCUGUUAUUGUAGUCACUUUACCUCGAGAAUCCGGCAUACGUACAUUAGUCGCUUCCACUAUAUUAAGGUUGAUAUUUUCGAUAGGACCCGAACCUACUUUAUGGUUACUUGGUUCACUUACAGUCAUCUUAAAACUAGUUCAUCUGAUUAGCAUAAUAGGAAACCAGGGUACACUGACCAAGAAUAUCGAGCAUAUUGUAACCGACGUUGAAAUUCUCUAUCACAUAUCUUACCUUAUAUUUUGUGUUCUCGGAAUAUUAAUGCAUCCAUUUUUUUACUCGGUUUUGCUCUUUGACGUAGUCUACCGCGAAGAAACUUUACUCAACGUAAUACGAUCAGUGACGAGAAAUGGAAGGUCUAUCAUUUUGACCGCCGUACUUGCGCUGAUAUUAGUUUACAUGUUCUCUUUAAUUGGUUUUAUGUUCUUCAAAGACGAUUUCUUAGUCAGCGUCGAUGAAGAGAUAAUCUCUCCAGAGAAAAUUGCAGUUAGUGGUUCCUGUAGUAAACAAGACAAUGAGAGCUGUGAAGUUACAGAAACAAUUUCUCAAUACGCACAACAACAAAAUGAACACGGUGGCAUGGGCGCAGAAGUUGUAACCAUCGGAGGAGAAAUGAAGGAACGAGCCUGCGAUUCAUUAGUUAUGUGCAUCGUCACGACUUUGAAUCAGGGAUUAAGAAACGGUGGAGGAAUUGGUGAUAUUUUGCGUGCUCCUUCAAGUACAUUUCAGGAACCAUUGUUUGUCGCCCGAGUCGUUUACGAUUUGCUGUUCUUCUUUAUAGUGAUAAUUAUCGUUCUCAACCUGAUUUUUGGUGUCAUCAUCGAUACUUUUGCGGAUCUCAGAUCAGAAAAACAACAAAAAGAGCUGAUUUUGAAAAACACCUGUUUCAUUUGCGGGUUGAAUAGAUCGGCUUUCGAUAACAAAACUGUCUCAUUUGAAGAGCACGUGAAACACGAGCAUAAUAUGUGGCAUUACCUCUACUUCAUAGUUCUGGUGAAGGUCAAGGAUCCGACUGAAUUUACAGGACCCGAAUCCUACGUCUACGCGAUGGUUAAGGAUCGAAAUCUCGAUUGGUUUCCACGGCUGAGGGCGAAAUCUUUGGCUGCCGAUGAAGGCGAGGGCGAACAAGUCGAACUCAGAAGUCUGCAGUCGCAACUGGAAACCACGCAAACAUUAGUUAAAUGUCUUUCACAACAACUCACCGAACUUCGUGAUCAGAUGACGGAGCAGCGAAAGCAAAAGCAACGACUGGGACUCCUGAAUUCUGCGUCCGCUUAUAUGCACAAUAUUUCUUCGUGAAUGAAGAGCUGUUCAGUAAAUUCUUCUUUGUUAUUAUCGUGUGUAUGCCAUAACUCAGAGAAACCCUUUUCUCUCUUUAGAUUAAAAUAGGCAUUUCAGUGAUUACGUAAAAACCAUAUCGAAUUUUAGAUACGUGUGUAGCAGCAUUUUUACGGUUUUAUUCCUCGUAAAUGGAAAUAUCUUAUGUAGGCUGUUGUAAUACAUAUUUGUUAUUGUUCUAUUAUUAGAUGAAUCAUUGUUAAUAAUGUGAAAUAUUGCUGUGAAAGAGAUGCGGCGAUUGAAAUUAUAACUUGCUCUAUGAGUUUAUGAGACAAUUCGUUGUUCCUCUUAUGUUUAAUAAAAAUAUCCAUUUUUCAA